GUGAGCCCGCCUCCCAGCCAAGGCGCAGGCGCAGGCCCUCCUCGGCGGCUAGGUUUCCUCCAGGCUGGGAGCUCUGGGCGGUGGCGGCGGGCUCGGGAAGAUGGCUGCAGCAGCGGCGGCGACGGCGGCCGAGCAGGCAUAUAUUCUUGGAGGAGUUAUUCUAAGGGACAGAAAAAAGUCAACAUGAAGUCUGCCUUCAAAGAACUUAAAACUGUCAAAUAAAUGCAGAAAUAUCAGCUAAAGCAAAGUUCCAAUGGCCCUGUAAAGAAGUCCAUGCGUGAGAAGGCUGUUGAAAGGAGGAAUGUUAAUAAAGAGCACAAUAGUAACUUCAAAGCUGGAUAUAUUCCGAUUGAUGAAGAUCGUCUCCAUAAAACAGGAUUGAGAGGGAGAAAGGGCAAUUUAGCCAUCUGUGUGAUUAUCCUCUUAUUUAUCCUGGCUGUCAUCAAUUUAAUUAUAACUCUUGUUAUCUGGGCUGUGAUUCGAAUUGGACCAAAUGGCUGUGACAGCAUGGAGUUUCAUGAAAGUGGUCUGCUUCGAUUUAAGCAAGUGUCUGACAUGGGAGUUAUUCAUCCUCUUUAUAAGAGCACAGUAGGAGGAAGGCGAAAUGAAAACUUGGUCAUCACUGGCAACAACCAGCCUAUUGUUUUUCAGCAAGGGACAACAAAGCUCAGUGUAGAAAAGAACAAAACUUCUAUUACGAGUGACAUUGGUAUGCAGUUUUUUGACCCAAGGACUCAAAAUAUCUUAUUCAGUACAGACUACGAAACUCAUGAGUUUCAUUUGCCAAGUGGAGUGAAAAGUUUGAAUGUUCAAAAAGCAUCUACUGAAAGGAUUACCAGCAAUGCUACCAGUGAUUUAAAUAUAAAAGUUGAUGGGCGUGCUAUUGUGCGUGGAAAUGAAGGAGUAUUCAUUAUGGGCAAAACCAUUGAAUUUCACAUGGGUGGUAAUAUGGAGUUAAAGGCUGAAAACAGCAUCAUCCUCAAUGGCACUGUGACAGUCAGCACAACUCGCCUGCCCAGCUCCUCCAGUGGAGACCAGUUGGGUGGUGGGGACUGGGUGCGCUACAAGCUCUGCAUGUGCGCUGAUGGGACUCUCUUCAAAGUGCAAGUGACCAGCCAGAACAUGGGCUGCCAAAUCUCAGACAAUCCCUGUGGAAACACGCGUUAGAAUGCCAGAGGUCAUCCAAAUGUUUAUAUCUUGACUUGACGUUUGUUUUUUAAGAGUAUGCAUGCACAUAAUGUUUUUACAGUUUGUGAUAACUCACUGGAAUUAUUUUAUCUGAGAGCACUACUUUAUCUAUUAUGUAGUCUCCCUAUUUAAAAUAUUCUUGAGACCCUAAACUCUAAUGUAUUUUAUUAAGUUGCACUGAGUUUCAAGAGACAGUGCUCUAAAUAAUUAGAAGAAGUUAAUAAAAUUAAUCUUUAAGGAAGUGUUUUUAAAGUUCCACUAUUCCUUGUCUGAAGGAUUUUAAAGGGCUGAAGCAACUGCUUUGAUGCUGUAAGUAAGUUUUGGGUCUGAUAGACCCACCAGAAGCACGACAUCUAUUUUUCUUUUUCCUUUUCAAAUUAGUACGUGUUUGCAGUACAUAGUUUUUCGUGCUCUGUUUUUUGGCUUCUAAUAGGAAAGACACAGAUUUUUAGUGCACUAACCUUGAGCCAUUUUCUCACAUGCAAGUGAAGGAAUUAAAAAAGUGUACGUAUGUGAGACAGUAAGAAACUAUGGUUCCUUAAUUUUGCACUAAGAAGAAAAUACUCUGUAAUAGAGUGAUUAUUUGAAACAGUUAUAAAUAUUAUGUGUUCAUAAUGUCAUGGAAAUUAAAACACAAUCUCAGCUUUAACUUUUAAAUAAUAAUAAUAGCUGUCAUUAUCCUAGGCAUUGCAUAUUUAAUAUCGCUAACUCUUACAUCAACUCUGUAAGUAGGUGUUAUUGUCCUAGUUUUAACCAGUAAGAAACUACAGAUCAAAGAAAUUAAGAAACCUGCCUAAUAUCACAUAGUAAAUAGCAGAGUUGGGAUUGGAAUUCAAGUGUCGUUUAAAUCUUGAUGUACCUGAUUCCAAAUACCAUCUUCUUUUUAAUAUCUCCACUUAAUUUUCAGUUAUUUAAAACUCUAGGCAGAUGAAAAAAAAGAUGAAUUCAAACUUACCUAACCUAAACCACUCUAGCUGAAAGAUAAAUAAAUUUCAUGUCACACAAAAAACCAAUCACUGUCAGAUUUCAAACUAUCUUAAGCCAAUUCCAAAAUAUUAUUGUAUAAAGAGGACUAAUUGGCCUCCUUGUGAGUUGUGCCAGUUUUCCAGCUUUGGCGCACAGGAGUGUCUGAAUGGGCUACAGAGAUGCUGAGGGUUCCUACUCCCCACAGCGCCAUGCGGGGAAGGCAGUCAGCCCAUGGGGCCUGCUCCAGAAGUGGCCUGAUGUGCUCACUCCAGUGUGCUGCACUAAUAGCACCCUCACAGUAUGCUGUGCCCUGAAAAGACGUCAGGAUGCACUGGACUAAAGGGUGCUAAUACAAGAGAUAAGUACUGUUAAGUAAAUAGAAGAAUUUAUUUCUGCUUCUCAUAUCACUCUGUGGAAUCAUUAACACAGACAGCAUCAACAACAGGGACCUCAAAAUAAAGUGCUAUAAAAUAGGCAUAAAGUGUGAUAGACCCCACCUGCACUGAAGUAUAACCAUAUUCUGUCAUGGUCACUUUGAACUGUAUAAGAUAAUCAAUAUGAAAAAAAAACAAUUUAUAUUCAAUAUAGCUAUGAUUCUUUCUGACAGAAAAACCAAAUACCUUAGAGACUAUGAAAUCAAUACAUUAUACUCAAAUAAAAAUUGAUUUAUUAUCUAAAACUGAGUGCAGCUUUUAAAUGAAAAGAGAAUGAGAUUUGUGACCUUUGAGUAUUAUUAAUUGUAGUGAUAUUUGAACUUAUUUGAAUAUAUUCAAUGUCACUUAAUAUCUCAAACCUACACAGAAAAAUCAUUGGAAUUUUUGCUUAUAUGCUCAGUAUAAUUUUAAAAUUUUGCAUUCAUUACUUGUCUGCUCUAGGUUUUGAAAGAUUCUUUAAGUAUUUUUACUAAAACCACAGAACACUACAUUACAAAGUAUUAUUUAUUGAAUCUAAUUCAUAAACUAAUCUAUUUUUACUUCUACUUGAGAAGUACUUGUGUUUUUGGUACAUCUCCUUUAAGUGCUUUUGACAUGAGAAGACAUUCUGAUGUUUUUAUAGAACUGGGUGUUAACAGUAUAGCAUUUUGGUAUAUUUUGUAAGUGGUCUGUGAUUUUUCACUGAAAAGUAGACCUAGGAAAUGUACUGGGAAGCAGAACAAGAACGAACCAGCCAUUUUACCUGUGACCUAUCUUCAUUUGCUAUAAAGUUUCAGCUCCCCAAACUCACCACCAGAUGGUACUUUUCUGUAAGCAGAAAAAUUUGCCUCUUCCUGCUGUCUGUUCACUCCUCUGCAUUGAGCAGCAGCAGCCCUGGGCAGGUGGCUGACAAAGACAGGAGCUGGGGCAGGGUGAGAUUCAUGCUUGCUUAAAUGAUAACAAUGUUCUAGAGGUGCAUCGCAAUGAUAAGGGGGACAAAAGAAAUACAAAAUUUUUUAGACUCUAAUGGGCUGAAGGGGAAAAUGCAAAACCACACAGAGACUGCCUAUAGUCUGCAGUAUUUUAAUAUAUAUGUAUUUGUAUUUUUGCAUUAUGAAAAAAACAAUACAUUUUGUGUGAUAGUUUUGAUUAUGAAAGGUACCAGUUCUAUGUAGUUUUGAAUGAGUGUUUUGAAUGUUAAUGGUGCUAAACUUGACAGAAGAGACCAUUGAAAUGCUAAUAAUUUUAAUAUUCUUUUUAAAAGUGUUGAAAAAGGCAAAGAUUAAAAAUUGUGCCAUAUAAAAAUCAACCUAUAAAUUUGUUUCACAUUGCUAGCUUGAGUUUCAGUUCAGUUUGUACUAAUUAUUAAUGACCUCUGUUUACAAUAAAAAUUCUGUAAACUGUU